AUGAUUGAUCAAUUUGUCGUAUUCGCUCCUUCAGGACAGGUGUUCUACAGUUACAGUCCUCAAGGAAAGCGAUUGGCCGAGAUACAGGUGAAUAAAGUUGUGUCAGAAUUAAUCGCCAAUGGUGCCAGAAGAGAUGAGGGCUCGCAUAAAUAUACCAUCUUGAAACUCGAUCAAUUUGGUGGUAUGUGCAAUAUUGUCAAACAUCCACCUCUUGUGUUCCUGUGCACCUAUGCUGCCCAGGAAUUGGAGCAGCUUCGUGAAGCGGAACAGAUCCUAGACUUGGGAACCAACCUAUGGGACUCAUUGGGACUUUUAAAGGCCAUGGAACGUAAUAUUAGUCGACAAGGCGUCCCCAAAAACCAACACAACUAUACUUGGGUACUGCAAGACUGCGACGAGCAGCUUUCAAGGUUUGACGAGUAUUUCAAGCUUAAGCUCGCAAGCGUAAAAACAGGCAAAACGAAGGCUAAAGAACCUCCCAUUAAAGCAACUCAACAAAGUUUGAAGCCGUCGAAAAAACCAGUCUCAAAUGCCAAAUCCAGAAAGUGGGGGCGAGACGGAAUCAUGGAAGACAAUGCUGCACAAGGUGAUUUGUCUUCGCUAGACUUUUCCACUGAAGGUACACCGGAAACUACACCAAGUGCAGUCUCUGAGGUGAAUGAAAAGUCUUUUGGAACCAGGACUGAAAACGGCGAGUUUCUCAUCAAGGAAAUUGACGAGCUGUUAAAUAAGAACAAGAGCGAUUCCGCUAAGAAGGCUACGACAACUACUGGAGCUUUCGGCUUUCUUCAAAAACAUUUGCUUGGAAACAAAUCAAUUUCCCAAAAUGAUUUAACAACGGUCUUGGACAAACUGAAGCAAAAACUCAUCACCAAAAAUGUAGCACCUGAGGCUGCUGAUCAUCUCGCGUCAAGAGUAUCUCAAAAUCUAAUCGGCACCACCACUGCUAACUGGACAUCCGUAGAGACAACAGCGAAAGAGACUUUACAACAGGCUCUGACUGAACUUUUGACACCAGGCGUUUCGGUAGAUUUACUACGCGAAAUCCAGCAGAGAAUCGGGGGUUCAGGUCAAAAGAGACCAUAUGUUUUCUCAAUCGUCGGGGUGAACGGUGUAGGAAAAUCGACAAAUUUAUCCAAACUCGCGUUCUGGUUGUUACAAAACAACUUCAGAGUUUUGAUUGUUGCUUGCGACACUUUCAGAUCUGGUGCAGUUGAGCAACUGCGAGUCCAUGUUGAGAACUUGGCCCAAUUGACGGAUGAGACACACACUCGCGGCGUGAAAAAUAGACGAGGCAAGACCGGUAAUGAUUUUGUGGAGCUUUUUGAAGCCGGUUACGGAGGUUCGGAUUUGGUGACCAAGAUUGCAAAACAAGCCAUAAAGUAUGCAAGCGAUCAGAGCUUCGAUAUAGUUCUCAUGGAUACAGCUGGUAGGAGACAUAACGAUCCCACGCUCAUGUCGCCAUUAAAGCCUUUUGCAGACCAGGCCAAGCCGGACAAGAUCAUUAUGGUCGGUGAAGCUUUGGUGGGUACUGAUUCCGUCCAGCAGGCUCAAAAUUUCAAUGCCGCCUUUGGUAAAGAGAGAAAUCUUGACUUUUUUAUUAUUUCCAAAUGUGACACGGUCGGUGACAUGCUGGGAGCGAUGGUCAACAUGGUAUAUGCGACAGGAAUACCCAUCCUAUUUGUUGGUGUUGGCCAGACUUACACAGACCUGAGAACGCUGAGCGUUGGAUGGGCAGUUGACACUUUGAUGUCUUAG